CUGAAACCAACUUCCGGUGAUGUAGUGUGGGUGCUUUAUUGGUUCAAGAUAUUACACAGGAUGGCGAAUCCUCCGGUCGGAGUGUCGUUCGACCAGAAUGAUAUGUCCAGACAAAUCUUGUAUAUUAUAUCCACCUUUUCUAUUUUCAGUUGGUAUUUCAGUGGCCUUUCCCGAGCAGAGGCCACUAAGUUGCUUCUCAAUGAAACCGAGAGUGGUGUUUUCCUCGUACGAGACUCAAAAACAAUACACGGAGAUUAUGUACUGUGUGUCAGGGAGGAUGACCGUGUGUCUCACUAUAUAAUCAACCGAAUGGUUUCCCCCGAUGGAACCACUCGGUUCCGUAUUGGGAACCAGUUGUUUGCUGACAUGCCGGCCCUGCUGGCGUUCUAUCGACUGCACUAUUUGGACACCACGCCGCUAGUGAAGCCCCUGCCUCAAGCCAGUGUCCAAGCCACGGCAGCCCCAACUCAUUCAUACCACGUGCUAGAAGUUGUUAUAGCCAAGUUUGAUUUUGUCGGAUGUGACGCCGAUGACCUUCCAUUCCGCCGUGGAGAGAGGUUGAUGGUGAUAAAUCGUGAUGAGGAGCAGUGGUGGACGGCCAGGAACGCUCAGGGAAGGACGGGCUCCAUACCCGUCCCUUACGUACAGAGGUUAUUAGAUCCGUCUGGUGUACCAUACCCGGCAGGCGAGGCGAUGUCUCAACUGGACCCGCCGAGCCCACCCGCUAAUAAAACGCCGCAGAAACCAACAAAUAUGCAGCGGACCCUGCCAGCGCUCGCCCGAGUGAGACAGACCCGUGUACCAAACGCUUAUGACAAAACAGCACUUAAACUACAAGAAGGAGACAUAUUGAAGGUAACGAAAAUGAAUAUAAACGGUCAGUGGGAGGGCGAGCUGAACGGGAAGGUUGGACACUUCCCUUUCACAUAUGUUGAGUUCCUUGAUGACGUCACCAGCUAA